AGUUUCUAUCUACUAGAUUGGAUUAAACCAUCUAACAGAACUUAUAAAACAAGUAGUGUCUUCAUGGAGAAUGUACCAAACAUUAAAGAGGAUAUUUUUUACCUGGUCUUUAUGGGAGAAAAAAGAUUUCCAGUGUAUCAGAUGAUUGGCCCAGGAUAUUCAUGAUAUUGGUUCAAUGGUGAAGUAAAAUUUCAGAACUGAUACAGUAUGGAUAAACCAACAGUAUUAAGAAAUAAGAAGACCUUAUGAAAUCAACUUGUGUGAAAGAUAUGGUUCUGCUUCCCACAAAAAAUACUUUCUAAGUUGUCAUGUGUAGAAUGUCAUGCCUCAAGGGAAGGGAGCAGUGAAGAUGCAGAGAAUUAUUCGGAAAACGGAUAUCCUGAAGAGUCGAUUGUCGGCAUGAUUAAGAAUAAUAUAAUUACAGUGUCAAAGUAACAGCCAAAGAAUCUAUCAGAAAUAUAUACAUUAAAUAUUCAUACAGUGGAUAUGUGAACAGAUGAAAGUGCUUUUUGGAAAUGAUGAAGAUUUUCUGUCCAGGGAUGUGGAAAAAACUGGUAUGACCUUGAACCUAAAUUAGUUUGAAGGUCAAACGACAUCUAGACAAGGGCAAAAAGACAAAAUGGUGAAGUUAAUAACAUAAGUGAAAGCAAGGCAGUAAUAAUAUUUGAAUUGAAGUAAUAACAAGUUUUGAUUGGAAGAAAUUGGAAAUUUGAUAAUCGACUAUUAAAAAGAUCAUGAGAAAAUAGAAGUCUGGAAGCACUUAAGAGACUUGUAAAGUCUCGACACAGUUACGAGAAAGAUGGAGAAGAUAUUAAUUAUCGGUUUCAUGUUUUUCCCAACAUUACAGUCACUUGUAUAUUACAUAGAUGAAGAGAGUGGUUCAAAUAAAUUCCUUGGGAACAUUGCAACGGAUACAAACUUAGAAAAAUUGGUUAAUAAUUCUGACGAUUUUAAAACAAUACAAUAUAGCUUUCUUACUCAGGGACAUCCACAUUCAUCAAAAUUUAAGAUAAAUGAAACAACAAGUGAAAUCCGAACAAAAGAAAAUUUAGACAGAGAAACAAUCUGUGAAUAUUCCCCUUCAUGUGUAUUAUCUUUACAAGUUUCUGCCAAGUCAACAUAUGGAAUAUUUUUUGAAACAUUUGAUAUUUUUGUUCAUUUGAAUGAUAUCAAUGACAAUACACCGUAUUUCCCAUCAUCAAGUGUUAAUCUGUCAGUUUCCGAGGCUUCUCUUGUGGGAACAAAGUUUACAAUCAGCAGUGCAAUAGAUAAAGAUAGUACGAACUUUUCUGUGAUAGAUUACCAGAUCUCACCCCUUGGUUCACCAUUUAAUGUGGAAUUUUCUAAAAACCUUGAUGGACAAACCACAACAGUAUGGCUGAAAGUGAUAAGAACAUUGGACAGAGAAGUUAAAGACAGCUAUAAAAUUCAAAUUAUGGCAAAAGAUGGUGGCAACCCAGCAAAAAUAGGCACUUUGGAUGUUAAUCUUGUUGUUGAUGAUGUCAAUGAUGAAUCUCCUAAAUUCAGUAAAUCUUUGUACAAUGUAACUUUGGCUGAAGAUGUGGUUAUUAAUUCAACCAUUGUAACUGUUUCAGCAACCGAUUCUGAUUCCGGUAAAAAUGGAGAAGUGAGUUACAGAUUUAGUGCAAGUCAAAACCAGGAUAUUCUUUCAACUUUCUCAAUAAAUACUAAGACUGGAGAUAUCAAACUCAUAAAGAAGUUACAAUAUGAACCAAGCGAGUCAUACAAAAUGAUUGUAGAAGCAGUUGAUAAUGGUGAUCAGCCUUCAGUAUCUCAAGUUUUCGUUCAUGUAAAUAUUUUGGACUCUGGGAAUAAUCCACCUACAAUUAACAUUAACUUGUUAUCCGAUUCUGACAUGGCCGAGGUGUCAGAGUUCGCUAACAUGGGAGCUGUUGUGGCCCAUGUAAAAGUUGAUGAUGGUGACACCGGUCGAAACGGAAUAGUCACAUGUCAAAUCCAAAACAAUUUCUUCCAACUACAGCGCAUGGAAGUAAAAGAGUACAAGGUCAUAGUUCAUCAACCACUGGACCGUGAAGCAAAACCAGAACAUUUGGUUUCUGUUUUCUGUAGUGAUGUUGGAAGUCCCCCAUUAAACAGCUCCAAGAACUUUGUGGUUCAAGUUAUUGAUGAAAAUGAUCAGUCACCAGUUUUCAUGAAGACAACCUACACUGCAAGUAUUGCUGAAAACAACAAUUUCAAUGACGUUAUACUUCAUGUUUCUGCUUCAGAUCGGGACAUUGGAGUAAAUGCAGAGGUCACAUACAGACUACACGCAGAUUCAGGACAAGAUUUUACCAUUGACAGUGAAACAGGACUUAUUCGAGCCAACAACACCUUUGACCGAGAAAAAAUUGACCAAUACAAAUUUCGAGUUUUAGCUGUUGAUAAAGGGAAACAACCCCUGAGUUCAACAUGUACUGUUAUUGUAAACAUUGAUGAUGUAAAUGACAACGAUCCUAAAUUUGACAAAGAUGUCUACCAUGCUCGUGUCCUUGAAAAUCUUAAAGAUUUUAACGUAACUUCAUUGCAUGCUACUGACUUAGACAGCGAUGUGAAUGGAAUCAUAACUUACUCUCUAGCAAAAUCAUCUGAAGGAGUACCAUUCCAAGUGAUGCCGUACGGGACAAUUAAAACAACCAAACUUCUUAACAGAGAAGAUCAGGAUAGAUAUGCUUUCAUGGUGGUCGCGUUUGACCAUGGUAAUCCACCAAGAACCAGUACCGUCAAUGUGAUUGUUGAUGUAGACGACCAGAACGACUAUCACCCAAUCAUUAUGUACCCCAAUGCUACCAAUGAUACAGUUCUGGUUUCAUAUCAAUCACCUGUUAAUUCUGUUGUAACGAAAAUCAAAGCAUUUGACCCAGAUUUGGGACCUAAUAGUGACUUGCUUUUUUCAAUCAAAUCACGGAAUGACUCUGAUAUUUUCAACAUAAUCAGUACAACAGGUGAAGUGGUUGUGGUUCAGAGGAUGACCAUUCUAAACAUGAAUCUUAAAUAUUUCUUGGAGAUUGCUGUAUCUGAUAAAGGACUACCAACAUCUUUAACAUCAACAAGAAAAUUACACAUUGUUGUGUCGUUACGGAAUAUUACCUCAGCCUCACCAAUGGCACAAGAACAGCAGGACUAUAGUAUUGCUAUUGCUAUAACUGUUGUCGUGGUAACUAUAGUAUUGGCAGCAACAAUUAUCAUUACUAUAUUCGUUAUUCGUAGAUUGGAUAAACAGAAACGAAUGUACCAGGAGACUGUGGUACCAGAUCAGAAUAAGAAUCUGUUUUCCUCCUCUUCUGACAAAGGUUCGCUCUAUAGUCUGCCAGGUGACAGAUCAUCCAGUCAGCAUACAGAGUACAACCCUUCCCAUGAUGCAAACAGUGUAGCCAGUCAGAAUACAUAUCAGAGACCUCAAUCUGUAGCAGACAUAAGCCAUGAUGAGAGCCGAGACAAAAUUGGGGGAUAUUCCAGACCUAUUUCUCCAAACAGUGACGUGAGACAAUCAGAACUUACACGCCUUGCUUCCAUAAGAUUACACCAACAGUUAGCACAAUCACAUGACAAACCAUGGACCAAUCAGCAUUCAGAGCAUCCAGUCAGGAGACCUGGAGAUAACCAUAGUGACACAUCAGGGGAGACAAUUCCUAGUGAUAGUGGGCGGGGGAGCCUAGAUGAUGACCAUCAUAAUAUGUCAAAAUCACACCAAUCAGAAGACUUCAGAAAAUAUUUACUACAUCCAACAGGCCAGCAAGGCAGGAGGGGGACUCCACCUCACAAACAAAAUAUCUCAAAUCCAUCUCAUAUUCCAUAUACUGUAAAUAAACUGGGGCCAUCAACCCCACAUAAACAGACAAACAUUAGUAGUCCACGAGAUCCACCAAAUCAUCCAUUUUAUGAAAACAUUAAUCCACAUCAUCAAAAUCGUCAUAUUCCAUACACUGGGAGAGAUCACAUUUCAUACGGACAUUUCCAGAAGGGAUUACAUCAGCGACCAUAUUUAGAUGAGACAAUGGACAGUGUUAACACGGGUUAUGAUGACGAUGAUAAUACAACCACGUCUGGAAGUUACACAAUUGAUGCUGACGAUUUUCCUACGGAAGUGAAGUUCGAUAAAAUCCAAGAUGUGAUUGUUUAAUCGAUGAUUUUGAUUGGACAAUGUGGUGCUCCUCUAGUCAUUUUUAUACUCAUUUCGCAAAUUGAUUUAAAUGUUCAAAAAUGAUUUUAAAAAGUGCUGUUAUUUUAUAUAUAUGAACUCUUAAGUAUUAUAUAUUAAUUGCUAUGAAGUUAUUUCAUAUAUAUUGUUAUGUAUCAUUUUAUAAGAAAAUGGUAAAUGUAUUUGGCUUAAAACUUUAGCUUUCUUGAAAGACAAUUCCUAAUGUCUUGAAAAUAGAACAUAUAAGAUAUGUUUGAAAUUUAGACCUAACAAUUUGGGUAGUAUUUUUGCAAAACAAUCUUAAUGAAAAGUAUACAAAACAGUCUUUGUAAGAAUCAGGCAAUUUAGGUAAAAAUCAAAACAUGAUCAGAAAAAAACCACCGAGCUAAUCAUGCUAUUUAAUACUAACCAUCGUCCUCAGUUAAAAAUAAUUGGUCUUUCGUUUGUCUGUGUCUGGUAAUAUCAAAUAACUUGGUUAGAAAAUUGGUUAGAAUGAUAGCAAAUUAUAGCAUAUUACAGAGUUAUCUCCUCUUAUUCUUUAAUUUCUAGUGCAUUUCAACCAAAUUGUAUCUUCUAUUACCAGAACAGAAAACGGAAAUAAAUGUUAUUUUUGUGCAUAACUACAUUUUAUGAACUGAAAUCAAUGUCAAAUUGGGUGGGUUUUUUGGUCAUGUUUUCACCACUGCCUGAUUCUUAGGCAGACUGGCACUUAACACCAAAAAUAAAGUAUUCAUGUGUGUGUAUAUUGGCAUAUCUGAAGAUCAUUGCUAACCGUUGAUAUUCAAACAAGGGAGAUAAUCAAAUAAAAGUUGCAGUCAAAGGUCAUUUUUACAUAUCCUUUUUGGGGAGGGUGUGGUUGUCAACUAACCCAUCCUAUACAGGACAGUGAGGCAUUAUAUAUUUAUAAACAUAUUUUAAAAUAUGAAUUUGUUGAUGCACUCUUAUGGUUUUGAAUUAAAUUCUUCUGAAUAUUUCAAUUGUUCUUGAAAGAUAAGUGACAUAUAAGUGCAUCUCAGAUUGUUUUAAUUAUCUCCCUUUCAAUCAAGACCUGUGUAACACUUCUAUUGUUCAUUAUCAAUAAAACCUGUGUGUUGCUGUUUUCCCCUAAUAUGUAUUUCUAUAAAACCUAUUUUAAUGACAUGUAUAAUGACUGCUGCUCUAAUGUUUUUCUAAAUGAUCUCAAGAGUAAAAUAUUUUUGCAAUUUAUAGACAAUAUAAAAUAUGACAAUAUUUUCAUCAAAGUGAGACGACAAUUUUUACAUCAUGUAUAGAUAUCUUGUAAUGUCAGGUUGUACUAAGCCUAAAGUUGUUAUUAUUUUUGAUACCUUGCUUUUACUGUUGCGUUAUGAAAGAAUGUUAUUGAUAUUGUUAAUGAAUAAAUAUUUUAUAUA